CGUUAGAGACGUUAGAGACGCUAGAAGCCUGGUAGUCACAGCAACACAUCAUCCAUCAAUCAAUCUACAGAGGAACCAGGACGUCUAGAUGUUACGGCCUGGACAGCCGUGGCUACAGAGCAGGUCCUCCAUCUAUUCAGUUCUGUCCGAAUCAGGGCUGGAGCUCCAGACGGAGAACCUGGAGCUCCAGACGGAGAACCUGGAGCUCCAGACGAAGAACCUGGAGCUCCAGACGGAGAACCUGGAGCUCCAGACGAAGAACCUGGAUCUCCAGACGGAGAACCUGGAGCUCCAGACGAAGAACCUGGAUCUCCAGAAGGAGAACCUGGAUCUCCAGACGGAGAACCUGGAUCUCCAGAAGGAGAACCUUGAUCUCCAGAAGGAGAACCCGGAUCUCCAGACGGAGAACCUGGAGCUCCAGACGGAGAACCCGGAGCUCCAGACGGAGAACCUGGAGCUUAAUCAACCGCAGUCGUCUUCUUCCUCGUCUUGACAGUUUAACUAAGUUUCAGAUCCUGAAUGAUCUCCAGCUUCUUCAGUGACAGAGUCGAUAUUUACUCCUCUGUGUGAGAACUUUUACCAGAGCUGCUCCGAUACCCGGAUCAGAUAUCGGUACCGUCUGGUACCGUCUGGUACCGUCUGGUGUUUCCAGACACGAAGCCUGAAAGGCUGCUUUGGUCUCUUCAGGCAGAGUUUAGUUCCUCCUGGUCCAAUCAGAACCUCCUGAGUUCUGCAGCCCACCCGGAGGAAGAGAUGUUAGAACCCGAUAACUUCCCCGGUCACUGCGGGGCGACUAGAACCUGCUCAGAACCUCCAGCA